UGUUUCCCAUGCACCACUUUCUUUCCCAAGCACUUCACCCGCAGUCAGUUUUGUACCAGCCACUCUCCAACCUUGUACUGUUUCUGACAUGCCAAACUUGGAGAUCGAAGUUUCUGCCCAGACCGAAGCGGCACUGAAGACAAAUCUCACACUACGAUGCGUCGUCCGCACCAAAUAUCGCAGCGAAAAGUCCCCACGCUCUGCCGUUGUUAUCCCCUGGGCCCAGGCCCGCGUUGAGAACCUCACUGGUUAUGCUGUUCGCAAAGCUGGACAACAAACGGCUGGCGUCAGUGCGGAGCUGAUCAUGAUCCAUAUGCUCGGUCUUCGGAACAUUAUAGACAUUUGCUACGACGUCUCCCUCGACGAGUGCGAUCCAGGACUUCGGAAUGAAAUUUCCGGGAAGUUUCACGCGAAGCAACCGAGCCAUCUCAUUACUCGAAAGAAUAACGGUUUUUGGAUGCGCAGGGAUGAGAGGAUGGACACAGAGGUGUUUGAGCGGUACUUGCAGAUGAGCAGCAAAGAUAAAGGACCGUGGCCCUUGUUUAUGGAUUCUAAACACCCGCCUGUCUAUGCAGAUGGGAAGCGCCUGAUAGAAUAUGAGGAGUUGACCAGUAGGUUCCUCCCCAUCUGGGAAACACCACAACCUAGGAAGGUAAAUGAGGGGGGAGCAUUUGAAAAAGACAAGCCGGCAGAGCACGAUGAAGUUGGUCAGGCAGAGAAUCCACACUAAGCCUAUCAUGUAACCAAUACCCGAGUUGAUGAAAAUAGUAUGACGAGCAUCCAAGUUAGUGAACAUAGGACUGACUUAUGUUAAUAGUCACGGUCUCCUGGAGGAGAUAUUAGUUUGACGCAAUGAAUUUUGA